UGGACAUAUUGGAGUAAUAAUUGAGUGGCAAGUUUUUACUUGUCAGUAAUAUUUAUUAGGAAAACUGUUUUCAUUUGGCGGCAGUAGACUGUCACAAAUGUUUGACAGACUGGAAAUCGUAGAAUUUUGAUAUUUAUACUUCUAGUGACUUGUAGGCUAGUAGAUUUGUAGUGAGAGAAUGAUGGAUACACGAAUCACGUUCCCCUUACGCUCGUUAAUCUUCAUGAUAGUGCAAAGGAAAUCGAUUCUGUUCGGUUUGGCGUGUUCCAUGCGAACGGUUUUGAUAUGUUUCGGCAUUUACCAGGAUAAAACCAUGGUGGUAAAAUACACUGACAUCGAUUACCACGUGUUCACGGAUGCGUCUAGAUUAGUCACACAGGGAGUGUCGCCAUAUGGCAGAGCCACGUACCGGUAUACCCCUUUGCUGGCCUGGAUCCUGACCCCCAAUAUCUACCUGACUCCAGCCUUUGGGAAGCUGCUGUUCAUCACCUGUGACAUCAUCUCUGGCUGCCUUAUGUAUGGCAUGCUGCAGAGGAGGGGGCUGGGUAGUGAAGCGGCCUGCCACUAUUGCGCCCUGUGGCUGCUCAACCCCCUCCCCAUGGGUGUGUCCACCAGGGGGAACGCAGAAGCCAUGCUGUCUAUUCUGGUGCUCACCACCCUUGACUUCCUGGAGAGGGGGCAUGUGGCCUGUGCGGCUGCCUUCUACGGACUGUCAGUCCAUAUGAAGAUAUACCCAGUGACCUAUGCCCUGCCCAUCGCCUUGUUCUUGCAGGCUAGACAGCCCCCCCGUACUGCAGCCCCCCGGAGUACCCUGGUGAAGGUCCUCGAGAUGUUCCUCAGCAGAGACCUCAUUCUUUUCGCUGUUGUUUCGGGAGGGGUCUUCUCUGGACUCACCUUGCUGUUUUACUACAGGUACGGCUGGGAGUUCUUGCAGGAGACGUAUCUGUACCACUUGACAAGGCGGGACAUCCGCCAUAAUUUCUCUGCGUACUUCUACAUGCUGUAUUUGACAGCAGAGAGCAGCUGGGGUCCACUGCUGGGGCUGAUUGCCUUCUUGCCCCAGUUGUUUCUGCUACUGCUCACCUCACUGGCCUUCUACUCUGACCUGGCAUUCUGCUGCUUCCUGAACACAGCCAUCUUCGUGAGCUUCAACAAAGUGUGCACAUCCCAGUACUUUUUGUGGUACUUGUCCUUACUGCCGCUUGUCCUGCCUCGGCUCACUCUCUCACUGAAAGAAGGGCUCGGGAUGCUAGCACUGUGGUUUGCUGGACAGGUCAUUUGGUUGGCGCCAGCAUACUACCUGGAAUUUGAAGGAUACGACACAUUUGCUCUGAUUUGGCUGGCCAGCUUACUGUUCCUGUUCAUCAACACAUUAGUGCUGGUGAAGAUGAUUACCCAUUAUAAACCAGAGGACACCACACAGCAAGAGAAACUGGACUGAUGUGGACAGGCAGGCUUCACCAUUAGAUUGCAGUGAACAUUGUAUGUGAACACCUAGAUUAUGUUUUUGGAUUUUAAAUCGGGAGACACUGGAGGAAGCCUGGGGAUAUAACUGACAUUAAGAUGAUGAGAUAUUUCAUUGUAUGCAAUGCAAUACAAAAUUUUGUAUAGCAGUCCUCAGAACAACUGCAGCAGAAAGAAACACACUUAAAAUAAGUAAAUAAAGAAAGAAAGAAAUAAGAAUUAGAUUGAAACUUUGAAGUCCUUUCAUGUAGCGUUUCUAAUGAUAGCUUGUGGGGAAUGUAUAGCCUAGUGCACCAACUGUUGUUCACAUAGGUGCACAGUCCUCCUCCCCUGCUCUUCCCGGAGUCCCUCAUCUAGUCCGCUUCUGAUCUUGUCCAUCUUGUUGGUAAUAGAGCUGGAUGUGGUGAGGAACAGGCUCGGUUGUGCUGGUCUGUACCGGUUAGCCUUUAACUGAACACGUGGCCUGGCUCGCAUCCCCCCGCUUCUGUUUCCCUCCACUGCCCGCGCUGCCUCGCUCGGGGGAUGGCAAUUCCGAUGGGCUCUGGGGGCAUAGGGUCUCCGAGGGGAUGAAAGUGGUGUCUGUGGUGAAAAGUAACUAUGAGAUCGGUGAUAUUCGCUGAAGC